AUGACCGUCAACGUGUUCUCCGUACCAGUAUUUCUGGUCGUCUUUCGAGAGUCUCUGGAAACCGUCAUCAUCGUGUCGGUUUUGCUGGCUUUCCUCAAGCAGACGCUCGAUGGGCCCAACAGAGAUGUAGCCGUGUACAAGGCCUUGCGCAGACAGGUAUGGCUUGGUACAGGUAUCGGUUUCUUGAUAUGCCUGGUCGCCGCAGCCGUCGUCAUCGCCGUCUUCUACAAGGUCGGCCGAAACAGUUGGGAGGCCCACGAGCUCUACUACGAAGGUGCCUUUUCUCUACUCGCCGCCGUCAUCAUCACGAUCAUGGGUGCUGCUCUACUUCGCAUUGGUAAGAUGCAGGAGAAGUGGCGCGUCAAGUUGGCAAAGGCAAUGGAGUCUCCCGUCAAGACCGGUGCGAGCCGGGGGUGGUUCAAGCGCUUCGCCGAAAAGUACGCCAUGUUUAUCCUGCCCUUCAUCACCGUGCUCCGUGAAGGCAUCGAGGCAAUCGUCUUCGUCGCUGGCGUCUCCUUCUCUGCGCCUGCGUCUGCUGUGCCACUCCCCGCCAUUGUCGGGUUGAUUGUAGGUGCCUUUGUCGGCUACCUUCUUUACAAGGCAGUGGGUGAUUUCGAGCAGCAAGAAUGGAACAAGGUUGUCGGCGGUGACGCCGCAGAACUUGGAAAUGGACCUGGUUCCUAUGACAUUGACAAGAGCGUGUGGCACGUAAACUGCUGCAGCCCAGAGCUCAACGGCGGCGGCGGAUGGGGUAUCUUCAACGCCGUACUCGGAUGGACAAACUCAGCAACGUACGGCUCCGUCAUCUCAUACAAUGUCUACUGGAUCUUCGUCAUCGGAUGCUUCCUCCUCAUGAGAUUCCACGAGACCAAGGGACACUGGCCUUUGAUGAAAGCGAAGGCUCCUCGGGAAGUCGACAGGCGCCUCUCCGAUGACCGUAGCGGAAGCGAGCAAGCGAGCACGUCUGAGAAGGAUAAGGGGGCAGCGACCACGAAGACAGUGACUGCUUCGUCGUGA